AUGGCGGCGGCCGGGGCGGCGGCGCGCAGCCCGGGAGCCCCGGCGGCGGCGGCGGCGGCGGCGGCGGCGGCGGCCCGAGCCCGGCGGCUGCCCCCGCUGCUCGUGCUGCUGGCGGCGGCGGCGGCGGGCCCGGGGGCGGGCGGCGCGGCGCGGCUGUACCGCGCGGGCGAGGACGCCGUGUGGGUGCUGGACAGCGGCAGCGUGCGCGGCGCCACGGCCAACAGCUCGGCCGCGUGGCUCGUGCAGUUCUACUCCUCGUGGUGCGGCCACUGCAUCGGCUACGCGCCCACCUGGCGGGCCCUGGCCGGGGACGUGCGAGACUGGGCUGCUGCCAUCCGGGUCGCCGCCCUGGACUGCGCAGAGGAGAAGAACCAUGAGGUGUGCCGAGCCUACGACGUCCACUUCUACCCCACCUUCCGGUAUUUCAAGGCAUUUACGAAGGACUUUUCAACUGGAGAAAACUUUAAAGGGCCUGACCGAGAGCUGCAGACGGUGAGGCGGACGAUGAUCGACUUCCUGCAGAACCACACGGACGGCCUCCGGCCUCCGGCCUGCCCGCGCCUGGAGCCCAUCCGGCCCAGUGACGUUCUUUCCCUCCUGGACCGCCGCGACGGCCGCCACGUGGCCAUCUUGUUUGAGAACAACAGCUCCUACGUGGGACGGGAGGUGAUGCUAGACCUGCUUCCGUACGAGAACAUCGUGGUGAAGAGAGUGCUGGACGUAGACAAAGCCUUCCUGGAGAGGCUUGGGGUCACCUCUGUUCCCUCCUGCUACUUGAUUUACCCAAACGGGUCACAUGGAUUAGUUAACGUCGGAAAGCCUCUCCGGUCGUUUUUUUCCUCUUACUUGAAGUCGUUGCCAGAUGUGAGGAAAAAACUGCUUUCGUUGCCUGACAAACCUAAGAAAGCAGACAGUCCUGAAAUCGUGGUUUGGAGAGAAUUUGACAGGUCGAGGCUGUACACGGCAGACCUGGAGUCGGGGCUGCACUACCUCCUGAGGGUCGAGCUGGCGGCGCACAAGUCCCUGGCGGGGGCCGAGCUACGGACUCUCAAGGACUUCGUUACUGUCCUCGCCAAGCUGUUCCCCGGCCGGGCGCCGGUCAGGAAGCUACUGGAGACGCUGCAGGAGUGGCUGGCCAGCCUUCCCCUGGACAGGGUCCCCUACGACGCCGUCCUCGACCUGGCCAACAACAGGAUGCGGAUUUCUGGAAUAUUCCUUAUUAAUCACGUAAAGUGGGUUGGAUGUCAGGGAAGCCGACCAGAGCUCAGGGGUUACACGUGUGCACUCUGGAAACUGUUUCACACUUUGACCGUCCAAGCCGGGGCCCAUCCGGAAGCGCUGGACGGCACAGGUUUUGAGGGGGACCCGCAGGCGGUGCUGCAGACCAUCAGGAGAUACGUUCGCACCUUCUUUGGCUGUAAGGAGUGUGCUGAGCACUUCGAGGAGAUGGCGGAAGAAUCCAUGGGCUCCGUCAGAACCGCGGACCAAGCGAUUCUCUGGCUUUGGAAGAAGCAUAACUUGGUGAACAACCGCCUCGCAGGCCAUCUGAGCGAGGACCCCAAGUUUCCCAAGGUUCCGUGGCCCACCCCGGACCUCUGCCCAGCCUGCCACGAGGAAGUGAAGGGCCUGCACAGCUGGAAUGAGGGCGAGGUGCUCCUGUUCUUGAAGCAGCACUACAGCCCCGACAACCUCGUGGACACAUACGCCGAGGCCCAGGGGGACGCCAGCGAGGGGGGCGGCCCGCCCAAGGGCGGGGCGCGGGAGAGAGGCCGCACUUCCCCGGACCGGCCCCGGGGAGACCCGCGUGCCGAGAGCGCCCGUCCACCCAGCGUGCCGCCUCCCAGAGCCCGCCUGUCCGAGGGGCCCUCGCUCAGCCUGGACGGGAGACUCCGGAGCGCGAGCGGGGCCGAGGGCCGUGGGGAGGCGGAGGCGGCCGUGCCCUUCCUCGGGACGGGCUUCUCCAGCCUGGACAUGAGCCUCUGCGUCGUGCUGUACGUGGCCUCGUCCCUGUUUCUGAUGGUGAUGUACUUCUUCUUCCGCGUGCGCUCCAAGCGGUGGAAGGUCCGGCACCCCCGCCCGUCCGUGUAGGACCGAGCGGGUCCACGGAAGCGCCUUUAGGAACAGCCGCUCCGCGCCACCUGCAGCUGUAAUAAUUCAGAUCAGGGAUUUUAUAAACACUUCAGACCUGGGUUCGUGUCAGCUGGCGUCUCGGGCCCCAAGUCCUCGUUUAACAAAAGGCUUCCCUGCGGAGGACCAGCCGCCGUUUGUGGGGCUCUGCCGCCCGCGGGUCGUCCCCGGGCGCUCCCGCAGGCUCCCACAGCAGGACGACGUCUGUAUUUUUACCCUCCCAGGUCUGGAAACACGAAUGGGAGUCCCGGCCAAACAAACAGACUCCUCCCCGCCUGCCCCCCGCGCACCACCCCCGGCCGCCUCUCCAAGGCGUCGGGUCCUCAGAGAUUCGCUGUGUCUGCGCACUUUUCAGUUGCUCGGUGGUUCCCGCCGAAGCAAGAGGGCGGCUCCCUGGUGCUGAAGGCGCCCCCAGCCUCGGGGACGGCCUCUUCGUCACCUCCCUGCUCUGCAGAGUGUGGAGACAGAGGGAAGGGAAGGGGCGGGUUCGUGGCAUUGCUGCAUUGCAGGAAACACCCCCACAGGCCGUGUGGCGUGGCGGCUGGGGACACGAUGGUGGCAGAGGCAGUGCCUUGGCUAAUCGGGUGGCAGGACGGCUGCCCCAAACUGCCCAUCCUGUGACACUGAGGGCGGAGCCCCCCCCCCCAAUGUCGCGUGGUGCAGCGCCCGCAGGACCUGCUGCCGAGCCAAGAGGUUAGGAGCCGAGGGCCCCAGGGGUGACCUGUGCUGCCCCCAGCACUUUUAAGGCCAAAUUUCAUUUCCCUGAAGCUGUUUUAUGAAGGGUCCUGGCACAGGACCCCAGUCCCCGGGUUCUGGCGAUCGCUUUUUUUUUUUUUUUAACCAUUUAAUAAUUUUCACACAUUAGUUGUAAAACCAAAUGAUUUAGAGGUAAGUUUGCCUCUGAAAACGUCAGACAAAACGGACUGUGCCGUGUGUCUGUCUCGCACUCAGAUGUCCCUGUGCCCGUGUCUGUGAGGUUGUAAAUAGUCUCUCCCACUCUGCCUCGUGUGUGCUCUGUUUACUCACUGCAGCUGGGCACGGCCACGGCCCGUGGGGGGGGGGGGCUGCAGCCCUGGGGCUCCGGGCUCUCGUGCCCACAGGGCUGGCGGAGCUGGGUCCCUCCCCCCGGGAGCUGGGUCCCCCCUGGGCGGCCGCCAGAGCGACCUUUUUGUUUGACCCUUUUUUAACCCCUGGAAGCCUGUGUUUCGUAGGCGGUUGUGUGCUUGGAUCACUGAAGCAGAGUAUCGUUUCCUUUCAUUUAAAAACUCGGGCAGAUUUACACACAGAAUCCGAAGGGAAAUACUUCGCACCGUUAAUUAAACUGCCUUUUGGUUCACGUCGGCUGUUUUGUCCUCCUCUAAGUAAGGUUCUUUACGUGCUGCGAACAGCACGAGGCUGCGAGAGAGACCCUGUGGCCCUAAGGUCACCACUACUUGAGGGACAAGUUUGUGGCUCCCUGAGGGGCCAGGUUCCCGGCAGCCCGCGGGCAGCAGGGAGAGGUGGGGUGCCGAGACAUCCCUGGACGCAUGUCCUGUGGGCGGGUGUGAACACGGCCACACACCUCACGUGGGUUGCUCAGAACCGGGCACUGCCUUUAGGCAAAAUUUAAGGUCUAUUUUCUAACGUAAGUAUUGAGACUAAUGAAUAGACUAGUUCAGUAAUUUAAAUGGGUAUUUAUUUUUAAUGGAAGGAUUUUGAUUAAAAAGAAGCUAAUUGACAUGGAAAUGUCUGGAAUUUCUUACCUUCGAGGUGAAUGUUUUGUAUUUAAGUGAACUGUACUGUGCAUAUUUUUUAAAUAAAUAAAUCUGACAUUUGAGAAAACUAA